AUGCAGCAGGACGCGCCUUCUGUGGCGACGGCGUCCGAGAAUAUGGAGUACUGGGCUGCGCAGCUGCGCAGUGUGCCGCGUCUUGCGCUUCCGAUGGACUACCCUCCACCGUCCGCUACACGUGUGGUGCAUGCGCUUAAGUCGUACGAGCUGCCGGUAUCGACGUGCCGGGCGCUCGGGCGGCUCGCGCUGUUCGACCAUAGCGACGGCGAAGAGGCGAUGCCGACGCUGUGCCACCUGCUAUUGGCAGCGUACAUUGUGCUGAUCCACAGGUACACGGGCGACACGGACAUUGUCGUCGCCUCGAACCACCCUUCGACGGGCGACGCGAUUGUCUUGCGCAUCCGAAUGGAGCCAGGUGAUGCAUUCUGGCAGGUGGCUAUGCGCGUGCAGGCAGUGGAGAACGAGGCUGUGCGGCAUUAUGUGCCGUUUGAGCAGGUUGCUCAGCGCAUCGAGGCCGACCGCGUGGCGCUCGAAGGGCCGUCGCCACACGCGACUUCCUCGUUGUUCCGUGUGCGCUUCUUUGACGAGACACACUCGCUGCAGCACUUUUUGCAGCGUACCAACGUAUCGACGGAUCUGUCUAUGUUUAUCACGCCGCCGAGCGCCCAGGUGAGCGCCGAGACGGGUCUUGCGCAGACCGAGGCGCCCGCGGAGCCGACGACCGGCUUCCGCAGCGAUCCUUUCCGGGCAGUGGCUGUGCAUCUGUCGUACAAUGCGCUGCUGUUCUCUGGCGCGCGGAUUGACAGCAUGCUCGCGCAGCUGGAUCAGCUUAUCCACUCGGCCGCCAAGGAUCCCAUGACGCCGAUCGGCCGCAUCCUCAUCCGCACGGCCGCCGAGGCGGCCAAGCUGCCGAACCCACGGCAGGACCUCGACUGGUGUGGCUACCGCGGGAGUAUCACGAGCAUCUUUGAGAAGAAUGCAGCAGCCUUCCCCGAGCGUCGCUGCCUCGUGGAGAGCGUGCAAGACGGUCCUGCGGCGGGCGGCGCACCUGCCUCGACUGUGCGCACAGUGAGCUACGGACAGCUCAACUUGUCGAGCAAUGUGGUCGCGCAUCGUCUUUUACAAGCAGGCGUGCAGCGCGGCGAGGUUGUCACGGUGUAUGCGCACCGCGGUGUCGACCUGGUCGUGGCCGUAUUGGGUGUGCUGAAGGCUGGCGCGACCUUUAGUGUGAUUGAUCCGACGUACCCUCCCAGCCGGCAGAACAUCUACCUGCAGGUGGCGCGGCCGCGCGCGCUGGUUGUGCUGGCCAAGGCCGGUGUGCUGCAGCCAUCGGUGCGCCAGUGCAUUGAGCACGAGCUAGAGCUGCGUCUAGAGAUGCCGGCGCUGGAGCUGCGCCCGGACGGCUCCGUGCACGGUGGUGCCGUGGGUGGCGAGGAUGUACUGGCGUCGGCGCAAGCGCUUGCGGCGCAGUCGACGGGGGUGGUGCUGGGCCCCGACAGCGUUGCGACGCUCUCGUUCACGUCCGGCUCGACGGGCAUUCCCAAGGGUGUGCAGGGUCGGCACUACAGUCUCACACACUUUUUCCCGUGGAUGGGCGAGCGCUUCCAACUAGGCGAGGAGGACCGCUUCACGAUGCUCAGUGGUAUUGCGCACGACCCGAUCCAGCGCGAUAUGUUUACGCCGCUGUUCUUCGGCGCCGAGCUGCACAUUCCGACGGCCGAGGACAUUGGCACGCCGGGGCGCCUGGCCGAGUGGAUGGCGGCGUCGCAGGCGACCGUGACGCACCUGACGCCGGCCAUGGGCCAGCUGCUUGCCGCGCAGGCCACGGCAUCGAUUCCGACGCUGCGCAACGCGUUCUUCGUGGGCGAUAUUCUGACCAAGCGCGACUGCACGCGCCUGCAGUCGCUGGCGCCCCAUGUGCGCAUCAUUAACAUGUACGGCACGACCGAGACGCAGCGAGCCGUGUCGUACUUUGCGAUCCCGCCGGUCAGCAGGGAGCCUGCGUUCCUGCAGACGCAGAAGGACACGAUGCCUGCGGGUCAGGGCAUGAUCGAUGUGCAGCUGCUGGUGGUGAACCGCCACGCGCGGCAGGAGACGUGCGCGGUCGGCGAGGUCGGCGAGAUUUACGUGCGCUCUGGUGGUCUGGCGGAGGGCUACCUCGGCCCGCCCGAAGUCACGGCCGACAAGUUUGUGGCCAACUGGCUUGCGCCAGACCUUGUGAUCCCCGACACGCUGCAGGGUACGCCAGAGGGGGCGUACUGGAAGGGGCCGCGCGACCGCCUGUACCGGACGGGCGACUUGGGACGCUACCUGCCGGACGGCACGGUCGAGUGCACGGGCCGCGCGGACGACCAGAUCAAGAUCCGCGGCUUCCGCAUUGAGCUCGGCGAGAUUGACACGCACCUUUCGCAGCACCCACAAGUGCGCGAGAACGUCACACUGGUGCGCCGCGACAAGGACGAGGAGAAGGUGCUGGUCUCGUACUUUGUGCCGACAGGUGUGCUGCCGGCCGAGGACGCCGUGGCCGUGGACUUGGACGGUGUGCCGGAGGGCCCGCAGCGCGAGACGCUGCGCCGCAUUGCGCACUACCAUGCGCUGAUCCAGGACAUUCGCGAGUACCUGAAGCGCAAGCUGCCGUCGUACUCGAUCCCGACGCUCUUUGUGCCCCUGGCCAAGAUGCCGCUGAACCCGAACGGCAAGAUUGACAAGCCCGUCCUGCCGUUCCCCGAUACGGUGCUUGCGCAGCGCAUGGCACAGGCGGCGAGCGCGCAGCGUGACACGCGCGAGCGCACGCAGACGGAGGCGGCCGUCGCGGACGUGUGGGCGGAGCUGCUCCCCGGCGUCGCGACGCCCGUGCCGCUCGACGUGUCGUUCUUCGACCUGGGCGGCCACUCGAUUCUUGCGACGCGUCUCGUGUUCCUUUUGCGCCAGCGUCUCGCGGCGCCGGUGCCGCUGGGUCUGGUGUUUGAUGCGCCGACCGUGGCGCAGCUCGCGGCCGCGCUCGACAAGAUGCGCAGCAGCGAGACGGACCUGGUCACCGAGCCGUCUCACACGGACGACGCGCCGACCGAGGGCGACUAUGCCCGCGACGCCGAGACGCUCGAGGCGGCGCUGCCUGCGACGUUCGCCCGCGCGGCGACGCCGCCCGAGCCAUGCACCGUACUGCUCACCGGCGCCACGGGCUUCCUUGGCGCGUAUGUGCUCGCGGACCUGCUCGAGAAGCGCAGCGCAGCGGUGCGCAAGGUAUACGUGCACACGCGCGCCCGCGAUGCGGCGGCGGCGCAGGCGCGUGUGCGAGAUGCCCUCGCGGGCCGCGGCCUGUGGCGCGAGGCGUGGGCCGAGCGCGGGCGUGUGGAAGCCGUCCUGGGCGACCUGGCCGCGCCGCAGCUGGGCCUGAGCGAGGCGGACUGGCAGCGCAUGGCGGACGAGGUCGACGUGGUCGUGCACAAUGGCGCGCUCGUGCACUGGGUGUACCCCUACUCGAAGCUGCGUGCGGCGAAUGUGCUGUCGACGGUGGCGGUGAUGCAGCUCGCCGCGCAGGGUCGGCCCAAGUCGGUGGCCUUUGUCUCGUCGACGUCGGCGCUCGACACGGAGUACUAUAUCCAGCUAUCCGAGUCGGGGCGCAUGUCCGACGCGGUGGGCGGUGUGCCUGAGACGGACCUGCUCGAUGGCAGCGCGCACGGCCUCAAGAGCGGGUACGGCCAGUCCAAGUGGGUGGCGGAGCGCCUGGUGAUGGCCGGCGCGCAGCGCGGCCUCUCGGCGGUGAUUGUGCGUCCGGGCUACGUCGUGGGCGAUAGCCACACGGCGGUGAGCAACACGGACGACUUUCUCGUGCGGCUGCUCAAGGGCAGCGCGCAGCUGGGCCUCGUGCCGGACAUGGACAACACGCUGAACAUGGUGCCGGUGGACCAUGUGGCGCGCGUCACUGCGCUGGCAGCGCUCUACGGCACGCGGUGGGCGCCGGACGCGGCGACGCACGCGACGGUGUUCCACGUCACGUCGCACCCCACGAUCCGGUACAACGAGUUCCUUGGCGCGCUCGCGACGCACGGCUGGCCGGUGCGGCGCACCGAGUACAUCGCGUGGCGCUCGGCGCUGGAGAACCACGUGAUGGCCACGAGCCAGGCGAACGACGCCGAGGCGAACGCGCUGUUCCCCCUGCUGCACUUUGUGCUGGAUGACUUGCCGACCUCGACGCGGUCCGCGGAGCUCAGUGAUGCGCACACGACGCGCCUGCUGCAGGAGUCGAACGAGCUCGACGUCGUGCGGGGCGUCAGCCCUGCGCUUGUCGGCCUGUACCUGGCAUGGCUCGUCGAGGUGGGCUUCCUCGCGCCGCCCACCAGCGCCGGCGAGCCGCUGCCGCCGCUGCCCGCCGACUCGGUGCGCAGCGCCAUGGGGCGUGGCUCGGCGGCCUCAUAG